AUGAAGCUUCUGGUGUUGAAAUUACGAGGCAUUGUAACCAUGAAGCCGGUUGUGUUUUGCAUCAUGUUCGCCCAUUCCACCCUGACAGCCAUUCGCGUUCAGUUCGUAAAAAAGACAGUGGCCGCCUCGUACGAUUUUACAUCGGAUAACAACGAUAACUGCACGGUAAACACGACCGACCCACAUUACAUCCUUGGCUUGACAGUCACCUCUGAGGCAUCUCAAUGGUUGCUAUAUUUUCAGAUAAUUUCCACUGCGUUGUCGCUGUUCUCCGGAACGUUUCUUGGAUCGUACAGCGAGCGAGGUGGAGGUAGAAAGCUGCCACUUCUAAUACCGACAGCCGGGUAUACGUUUUACAUGUUCUUAAAUUUUGUCUUCAUGUAUCUUAAGCUGCCGCUCCAAUAUUUUUUCAUCACAGAAAUAGUAGCUGGAUUGACCGGAAAUACGUACACGGCGUUGGCCAUCAGUUUUGCCUAUAUGGCCGACAUAACAUCUCGUGCGAAUAGAACCUACCGCUUGGUUAUUUUAGAAGCGUGCAUUUUCAUCGGAGGCAGUAUUUCGCAGCUCAGCACCGGUUAUUGGAUACAGUCAAGCGGUUUGAUGCCUCCUGUCUGGCUGGGCUACGCGCUGUUGGUUUGCUGCGUGCUGUACAUUGUUAUCUGGGUGAAGGAUACAUCUCCGACACAGAGCGAGACAUCAUGGAGUGUAAAGACGCAAUGCUUGGAUGUGAUACAUCUAUUUACACGAAGUUCGAGAUACACCUGUUUUCAGCUCUCUGUAUUGUCAGUCGUCGCGUUCCUAAUGUUCGUUGAAGCAUCAAUCAAUAGCAUCAUAAUGCUCUACCUUCUCAGUACACCGUUUUGCUUCACGUCAAUUAACAUCGGUUAUUUUCAAGCCGUUUCGUACAUCUUCCGAGCAAUAGGUUUACUUGGAGCUGGUAAGCUGAUAUCAUUUUGUUUAAAAGAUCUCGGCAUGGCAAUUACAGGAUUCACAUCUCAUUUUGGUUACUUCGUGAUUCUGAUCUUUGCCACAAACAAGGCCAUGGUGUUUUGUGCUGCUGUUGUCGGAUUCCUAACCUCUCUGCCACUGCCCGCUAUUCGAGGUCAUAUGUCCAAGUUGUUUGCAUCGGACAAACAAGGUGUUCUAUUCACCCUACUAGGAUGUAUCCAAGGUUUUGGGGAUUGCAUAUCGCCACUUAUAUACAACAACGUCUAUUCAGCCACACUGGAUACCCAAGCUAACGCAGUGUUUAUUGUAUGUGCCGUCAACACGAUGUUUGCAAUAGUUCUUGUCAGUGUCCUGCAGGUAUCACGAUGUAUGAAGCCAUCACAGUCGGUGCAACUACAGCGAUUCGAUGACAAGUCAGAAGAAGAAGAAUACUAA